AUGAUAAAUAAUUCACUAAGAAAAGCACUUAUUUAAUUCUUCAGUCCAUUGGGAUUAAGAACUUCCCUGUACAGUUUCUCAUACUCAAACAAGUUUAGAUAGCAUUCAUCAAGAUCUUAAUUCAAUGGAUCGUAUCAUUCAAGAUCUCAGAUAUCAUUUGGUGAAUUCGCUAGACAUUGUGAAUUGUUAUCGCAAGAAUAAUAAAGUGAGAUCGUAAAAAAAUUACAAUUGAUACCUGAAGCUCCUACUAAUGAUGUAAUGGGUUUCAUCAAAGCAAACAAGAUUCAUGGCAAAAUUUUUAAUAUUGCUCAGAAUUUUGAUUUUCUACCUGAACAACUUUAGGAAGCCUUGAAAGCAAAGAACAUAACAUCUCCAUCUCCAAUUCAAUAAGCAAUCAUUCCAUUGAUCUUUGAUGGUCAUGAUGUGAUUGCAAUAGCCGAAACAGGAUCAGGUAAGACACUUGCUUAUGCUUUACCUGGAAUAAUGCACAUGUAAGCUCAACCACCUAUCACUGGUCCAAGAAUAUUGGUUAUGGCUCCAACAAGAGAAUUGGCAUAGCAAAUUUAGACUCAAUAUGAUUCCUUUGUAAAAACCUGUUGUUUAUUUGGAGGAAUACAGAAGCCUCAUCAAUAUGUGAGUUUGUUGGGUAAAACAAAUAGGUUUGCUAGACCAGAAACACCCAAAGUGAUUAUUGCCACUCCAGGGAGAUUACUAGAUUUUAUCAAGGAUGGAUUACCAUUGAAAUCAAUUACUUAAGUAGUUUUGGAUGAGGCUGAUAGAAUGUUGGAUAUGGGUUUCGAAGAUUAAAUACGUGAUGUAUUGAAAGAAGUCAGAAAAGAUAGAUAAACAUUAUUCUUCAGUGCCACUUGGCCAUAAGAAGUGCAGAGAUUGGCAAAUAAUUUAUGCAAUCAAGAUCCAAUCUUUUUGCAAUUAGGAGAGAGAGGAUUGUCUGUGAAUAAGAACAUCACAUAAAGUGUGAUAAUGUCUGGUGGAAAUAAGUUCGAAUAAUUAAUUGAGUACUUCAAUCAAAUAAAAGAUAAAAAGGUUUUGGUGUUUUGUUAGAAGAAAAUAGACACAUAAAAACUUGAAUAUAAAUUAUCAUAGCAUGGAGUCAAUGCUCGAUAUUUACACGGAGAUUUAAAAUAGAAUCAGAGAGAUUACAUCAUGUAAGAGUUUAGAAAUGGAAGGGCUAAUUGUUUAAUCACAACUAAUUUAGCUUCAAGAGGAUUGGAUGUUUCAGAUGUAGAUAUUGUGGUAAUUUUUAUUAUCUAUAUUUAUGCAGAUUAAUUAUGAUUUCCCAGAAAAUAUUGAAGAUUAUAUCCACAGAAUUGGCCGAACUGGUAGGGCUGGCAAGAAGGGAGAGGCUUUGAGCUUUAUUGAACCUAGAGAUUUGAAUUACAAACUCAAAGAUGAUCUCAUCAAAGUUUUUAAAUAAUCCUCUUAGGAGAUUCCAUAAUAAUUAUUGAAACUCAAGGUGUAUUGA